GUCCUUCAAACGUUCCUAUCGAUUCUGAGAGUUUGGACGGAGAGAGAUACACGGAGCCGAGUAUAAUACGAUGUUCACCGUCGAAACGUGUUAGUUCGUCGGUAACGGUGCCUGUUGUUCUGUGGCUGGCGUAAACGUUCCUCGCUCUACAAUAAGGAACCUACCUUCUUAUUUUCAUUCACUUUUGAUUUCAUUCUCAAUUUUCCCUGUUUGCGAUCGGAACCGUUGGACAGAGAUUUCACAGAAAAUGUCAGACGACGAGAGCAAAUCAUGGUGUAAUUCUCGUCAAACUUGCGUAGUGCAACCGUUAUUGACAGAUUUAUAUCAGAUUUCAAUGGCAUAUGCCUAUUGGAAAAGUGGAAAGGUAAACGAUCAUGCAGUGUUUGACUUGUACUUUCGCAAAAAUCCAUUUCAAGGAGAAUUUACUAUUUUUGCGGGAUUGGAAGAAUGUAUUAAAUUUUUGGAGAAGUUUCAUUAUUCUUCUAGCGAUAUUAAGUACUUGAAGUCAACUAUGCCAUCAUCGAUGGAUCAAAGGUUUUUCGAUUACUUGAAAGACCUGACUCCCAAAGAUGUGAUAAUAUAUGCUAUGGAAGAAGGCUCGGUGGCUUUCCCAAGAAUACCAUUACUAAGAGUAGAAGGUCCAUUAAUAAUGGUUCAACUUUUGGAAACAACACUGUUAACCUUAGUAAACUAUGCAAGUUUAAUGGCAACUAAUGCAGCCAGAUACCGUAUGGUUGCUGGGAAAAAUAUAACAUUGUUAGAAUUUGGUCUACGAAGAGCUCAGGGUCCUGAUGGUGGAUUGAGUGCGUCCAAGUACAGUUACAUGGGAGGCUUUGAUGGUACCAGUAAUGUAUUAGCUGGAAAGCUUUACGAUAUUCCUGUUAGUGGAACACACGCGCAUGCAUAUAUUACGUCUUUUACGGGCAUUGAUGACUUGCAAGAACGAACUUUGGCGCAUAAAGAGACGGGAGAGGUUUAUGAUCUUCUCGAAUUAGCUUACAAACAUCAGGAUUCCAUUGCAGCUGAUGUAGGGACUCUAGUUUCUGAGGCUUCUAGUGGAGAAUUAGCUGCUUUGAUUAGUUAUGCUAUUGCUUUCCCGCAACGAUUUGUUGCUCUUGUAGACACGUAUGACGUGAAAAGCAUCGAAACCACGGCCAAGAGACAGGCACAUAUAGCCAGCCUAAAUGUAAAGAAUAAACGUCUAACAAAUGGGUCCAAUUCACUUGCUCAAAAUGGUGUCAGAAACAAUCCGAUUUUAUCAGAAACGACUUCGCAUCACAAGAAUGGCUUUUUAAGACGAGGCGAAUUGGGUGAGCUCUAUGUGAGGAGUGGUCUGUUAAACUUCUGUGCUGUGGCAUUAGCUUUGAAUGACUUGGGUUAUAAAGCAAUUGGUAUCAGAAUCGAUAGCGGUGACUUAGCAUACUUAAGUAACACGGCCAGAGAUAUGUUUGAAAGAAUUGCGAUCAAGUAUAAUAUACCUUGGUUUGCAAAGUUGAUGAUUUGUGCAUCAAACGAUAUUAACGAGGAAACUAUUCUAAGUUUAAAUGAACAGAGCCAUAAGAUUGAUUGCUUUGGAAUUGGUACACAUCUAGUAACAUGUCAAAGACAACCAGCACUGGGUUGCGUGUACAAAAUGGUUGAAAUUAACAAUCAACCCAGAAUGAAGCUCAGUCAAGAAGUUGGAAAAGUAACAAUACCAGGAAAGAAAGAUGCGUUUAGAUUAUAUGGAACAGACGGAUAUGCUUUAAUUGAUCUUCUGCAAAGAUCUACCGAAGAAGUUCCACAAGUAAAGCAGAAAGUUCUUUGUAGACAUCCGUUUCAAGAAUCAAAGAGAGCGUAUGUUAUUCCAACGCAAGUGGAAUCUCUACAUAAGGUAUAUUGGAAGAAUGGUAAAUUAUGUCAAUCACUACCCACAUUGCAUGAAAUAAGAAAUAGAGUUCAGGAAUCUCUGAGAACUCUGAGGAAUGAUCACAAAAGAAAUUUAAACCCUACACCAUACAAAGUCGCUGUCAGUGAUGAUUUAUAUAAUUUUAUACAUGAUUUAUGGCUUCAAAAUGCACCCAUUGGUGAGCUCUCGUGAAGCUAUGAGUAAAUCACUGUUACAAACUGGUUACAAAAAAAACUCGUAGUUGUUAACACAUGAAAUAGACCGUAUAUUCUGGUGGCCUAUAUGAUAUAUUAUAUCGAGGGUUUCAAAAGUUUAUUUUUUACACUGUUCAAAGAACAUCUACAUGUAUAACUAUCGUUUGACUAUAGUAGUAUAUUUUGAUAACUUAUGCAAAUCGUUUACAUAGUUUUUAUAAAUAUAGGAUUAUCUAUAGAAAGUAUUGCAAUUGUAUGGAUUAUACUAUAAACAUAUAGUAUUUAUCAGAAUCGGUAAUCACAUUUCACUUUUCAAAGGCGUAAAACGGGUAAACACAAAUUAGUCAUGCACAAUUCACGUAGAAUUACUUUUACUUUUUAAAGAAACAAAAAAGAUAAACUGUAUAUGCAAUGCAAAAGAAAUUUGCAUCCAGUAAUGUAAAUAAAGUGUAAAUAAUGGUCGACGUUUUACAGAUUA